UGUUAAUGAAUGUAUUGUUUCUUGUUGGAAUAACAUUAAAAAGUAAAUAAAUUGUUGAAGACUUAUCAAAUACUUCGUUAAAUAGAUUUAAUGACAACUUCAGAAAGAGAAUUGAACUUUAGAGCUAAAAAGACCUCAGAGAAAAUUUCGGAAAAUGUUCAUAUAGUUGCUAAUGAUCCAUCCUUGGCGUUUUUUCGUAUACAGGAGCAUGUAAGAAAAGUGUUACCGCCACUUUUGGAAAAACGAAGUGAAGUUCUGCGGUUACAGAACAAUUUGCAGGGACAUUGUUAUGAUAUGGAAUAUGCUUUAAGUGCGGUAAAAAAUAUAGAAGGCUCAGAAAGUAUUUUAAGAAACAUUCAGGAAAUCGCAAAAUCUUCAGUAUUUUUAAAACAGCAACUGAAAUUUGAAGAUGGAAAAAAUAAAUCAAAACGUGAAAGUUCACGUAAUUCUAUGUACAAAAGAUUUUCUGCCCACUUGACAUUAGAUUUUCCGGAACUUCCGGAUUUUAGUGGGGCCAUGAGAGAUACCGGAUAUAUGAUGGAGACUAUAAUGACAACAAAUAGAAGAGAGCAUAACGUGCAACAAAACUCAGUAGGAGAAUUACAACGAUCACAUACAACUUUGCAUUAAAUGUUAGUUUUUAUAAAAAAAA